AUGGAUGUGGCGGGAGCAGCCGCCGCGGCGGAGCUGGAACAGCAAAGGGCGAAGGUGGCAGAGGCAGUGCGAGUGCUCAACCACGAUGCCCAGUCCUGCAACCGCGUGGCGGCCAACCAGUGGCUCGUCCAGUUCCAGCUGAGCGACGCUGCCUGGGAGGUGGCCACGUCCCUCCUCCUGUCUCCCCCCCCGCCAUUGUCCCCUGGGCCUUCAACGUCCGGAUUGCUCUCUCCGACGUCUUCUUCCGCUGCAGCCGCCGCUUCGUCUUUGAACUUUCCUGCCCAGCUGGGAUUUGAGGUCGAGUUCUUUGCUGCUCAGAUCCUUCGCCGCAAGGUAAGCGCAUCAUGUGGUGAUGAAGAAAAACCAAUCCCUUGUGGCAUGUGUCAUUGGCUUUUCUUUUUCGUUUCGCAUUGGCUCGUCCUGUCUCUCGCCAUGCCUGAAUCUGAUGCCGCCAGCAGAUCCAGAAUGAGGGCUACUACCUGCAGCUGGGGACCAAGGAUGCCCUAAUCAACGCCCUCCUACUUGCAGCGAAGAGAUUUAGCGCAGGCCCACAUCAGGUACUUAGGUGACCCUGGUUCCUUUUCUGAAUCUGGCUCUUUGGUAUGCAUUUAAAGUACAAUUCUUCUGUUUGUUUUGGUGUUUUUGGCUUGCUUGACGUUUUGAUUUUCCUGCAGCUCUUGACUCAGAUAUGCCUGGCUCUGUCAGGGCUUGUGCUUCGGGCAGUUGAGCACAAGAAGCCUGUCGAUCAGCUCUUCGCAAGCCUUCACAAAUUGGAGAGCCAGGAGAAUGAGAACGUCGCAGUGCUUGAGUUGCUUACGGUGCUCCCAGAGGAGGUAGUUGAGGAUCAAAAUGUGGACCGCAGCAUUGAUUUUACCAGCAGGUCGCAGUUUACGCGGGAGGUAAAUAUGUCUUCUUCGCUAGUUUUGUAAUAUAGUUGAUUACGUAUUUUUUUGCUUUCUUUGCAGUAAAUUUCUUUAUUCUAUUGUAAUUGUGCUUACUAGUGUCUUAUGUCUUCUCAGCUUCUUUCUCACACUCCUGAAGUUAUAGAAUUUUUGUUGCAACAAUCUGAACAUAGCAUGGAUGAUGGGAAUCAACUUCAUGUUAGAAAUCGAAAAGUACUGAGAUGUCUUCUAAGCUGGGUAAGUGAACUUCGUGUUGAAAUUUUAUUUGAAAGGAUAUGGAUGCAGUACGUUCGUGUUUGAAAAUUAUUCACUGAAAGUCCCAAAUCUUCUUACAAAAAUUCUAUCUUUAUCAUUUGUUCAGUGUGGUAAACUUCAUUCUGUCAAUGCAUAUUUGACAUAUUGACUUAGUAGUCUGCUUAGUGUCCUUGACAGGACAUUGGUAUCAACUAUGCUCUGUGAAUGAUUGAUUUGGUAUCUUACCGUCGAUAUGAAGCUUAAGCAUGUAGGAUAGACAAAAAUCUGUAGGGUGUUUGCUUGUGAAACUUGCCUUUAGUGGGGAGCUUUAAGUUUGGCACAUAUGGACUUUUCCAACGAUUUUUUUCCAUUUCGUUUAAGGUUUUUGAAAUUCUAUUCUUUUAUUGUUGUGCCUCUCUAAAAAAAGGAACUAUGCUUCCAUGUUUUAAUUAAAAAAAGUGGACAAUACUUGUAUUUAGUCUAUCUUCAUAUUAUUGAAAUGAUGGUGACUCUAUUUAUUUUAUGAGGACAUCAGCUUAUGAUUUUUCUUUCUCGCCAUGAGAUUAAUGAUACAUCCACUGGAUGGUGGGAUAUUCGUCAAGAGUAGAGUGAGGUAGCUUGUUUAUUCUAACAUACAAUAAAGGUCAUUUUGUUGGUUUCUCGUCACAAUAUCCUUCUCCAAUUAUACAUGUUGUUAAUAUCUCCCAUAUUUUUAUCCAAUUGUUUUUUUGGAUUUUUCAAGUGAGAUGCCUGCUUUAUAUUAUUGUUUAUAUGGCAUGUGCUAAUGCUGACAAAAAAAUGCAAUACAUCUCGUAAUUUAGUCAACUUCUAAAUCUGUCGAGCUUACAAACUCAUCAUAUUAUUAACUAUGGUGUAUGUCAGGUUCGGGCUGGUUGCUUCUCAGAGGCUCUUCCUUCAAUGCCACCUCAUCCGCUCUUAAAUUUUGUAUUCAACUCUCUGCAGGUAUGGCUUCUCUUUAUUUUAAUUUAUUAUUGCACUGUCUCUAAAACUGGAUUGUCUUGGCAUCUAUUUCAUGAUUACAGGUUCCAUCCUCAUUUGAUGUGGCAAUUGAAGUUCUAAUUGAGCUUGUAAGUCGUUAUGAGGUAGGCAUCCUUGGAAAGAGUCUGUAUGGAAAAAAAAUUCCCCUCAUGAAAGUAUAAUGCUUCUGGUGAGCAUUUCUGAUUGGAAUAAGUGAGCUAUUCCAUUGUAAUAUAUUAAUAGGAUCUAUUCUCCUUAGGUAUAGACUUUUUCAAAGCAAUGCAACUUUAUUUCAGAGCAAAACAAUGAAAUAUUGAGGAUAAUACAUUUUGGUUUUUUUUAAUGUUCCCUGCUCAUUCAUACUCGUUUGAUAUUUUACAACCUUACUCAGCUUUUGGCAGUAAAUGAACUAUAACUGACUUUCCACCUGUUGUAUACUGUUAACAAAGAAUGAUGGAAACAGAAGUGUCCUAUUCAACAAUAGGUUGGAGAUACAAUCAAUUUCAUACCACCAUAUAUUGGCUACUCUUAGGAGAAACGUAUAUUAAAUAAGAGGAAAGUGAAGGAAAAACUUCUCAUCAUUGGAUUGAUAAUCGAUCACAGAAGUAAAUUCUGUAUCUAAUAUUAUAGUUAUUGAAUUAUUUUCUUGUUUACAUUUAAAAGUUGAAAAAUAUAUUUUUGGUGGUUUUGAGUUACCUUUCUUUUGCAGGGAUUACCCCAAGUUUUGUUGUAUAGAAUACAUUACCUGAAAGAAGUACUCCUGAUUCCAGCAGUGAAAAGUAGAGAUGAGAAAGUAAUUGGUGGUCUUGCAUGCUUGCUGGCAGAAGUUGGGCAAGCAGUAUGUAUCAAAAUUAUUACGUGGCAUGAUAUUUCAUAUGAUUGUUAAAUUUUCUUAUUCUCAUAGUGUACUCAUGAGUUCUUUUCUCUAUUUGUGUAACAGGCACCGGCAUUGAUUGCAGAAGGGAGCCCCGAAGCACUUUUGCUUGUUGAUGCACUUCUGAGGUGGUUGUCACUUAAUCCUAUCAAAAUUGAUGCGAAUGUCCAUUUUACAUCCAUCUUUUUCCUUGAGACGAUUCAUUUAUUAAUGUACGAAGGAUAAGUUCUGUCUAUGAAAAAUCUUUUUAUGAAGCAUAAAUUCACCCUUCUAUAGAAAUUAAUGAAAAAGAAGAGGGCCUCCAAUCCUCCCAACUAGAGAGAGAGAGAUCCUCUCCCAACUAGAAGAAGGCCUCCUUGUGUGUAAGGAUGUAGAAACAAUCCAUUGUAUAUGAACAACCUAGAUGAAGAAAAUUUGAGAAUGGAAAAUGUUUCUUCAGGUGCUCCUCUAUUCUUUUGGACAGCAUAAUUCCACAACAAUGAUAAUCAGUAAAUGUUUUCUGCUCCGUUUCUAUUUGUGAAUUUUAAUAGUUCUUUCACCAUUUUCAAUAGUUAUGGUGUUUUGCUUUGGCAGUUGCACUGGUUACCCAAGCGCAGGUUGGGAUAUUGCAGAUUCAACGGUUCAGUUUUGGUAAUUUUAAUUUUCAGCACAUGUUACCCCAUUUCUUUAGAAUACUUGAAAUUCAUUUUUUGUUUUCGUUAGUGACGCAUCUGAAUGGUUUUCAAGCCUUAUGUUACUGAUACAUUUUCUGCAUUCUUCAUUCUGGUAGGCCAUUGAUCAUUCCUUUUUGGGCUAGAUAAUGCAAUCCCUUGUCAUCAAAUAUUUUUUUUUCCUGAAAAUUUGAAGGAUCACUGCACUGGAUUCUUAAUUUCCAUGAUCGCCUUUCCAUGGAAGAACAUCAUUGGCAUAUUUUAGUCGAAUUUACAUAUUGUACGUGGCAGUGGCUUUAAAAUUAGUUAUGAGUCAAUGAACUUUGGUUUCGCAUCUGUUUGUCAGUUUCUUGCAGAAGAUCCAACGAGGAGAAGGCUACGACAUUUCUUCAAUGCAUAAAAUGGAUUUCAUAAUUUUUUUAAAAAAAGGUUCUGUAGAAUUAUGGAAGUUGUUGAGCGAGUUCCUUCAUUGAGAUAGUAUAUAUCUUUCAGGUUUCCUUUCAAUAUUUUUGUGAGUUGGUUUUGUAUAGGUCAUUGUAUUUAAAUUUUUGCUGAUUGAGCCAUUCAAACAUUGCUCUAGCCGUGAAGUAAUCAUGCUUGCCAUGAUUUUAUUCAGCUAUUCAAGAAGCUAUUGGGCCUAAAGUCUUUCAGCCAAUAUGCAACUUCUGGUUUUAGGAUCAUUGUUAAGAAGGUUUUCAUUAAAGGCUCUCAGAUGAUCUCUUCCCUUUCUCGAAUUCUACCACAGCCUUCAUUAGAUCACGCUUAGUUAUUAGUUUUGAAAGAAGGACCGGAAAACCAUCCACUCCAAAAGCCUUAUCCUAUUUUUACAAAACUACAGUUCCUCUCGAUUCUUAUUCCACAAGGGUCAAGACAUUUCACAAGUCCUCUCAAAGAGAGUGGGAGUUAUAUGGCAUUUAAUAGAGAGACCCCGUCCGCGUUGCUAGUGAAUAAUCUAGCACAGAAUUCUAAAGCGAAUUGUGCUUCACCUAUGUGAUAAAAUCAUGUGGAAGCAGUUUGUGCUGUUGUGCCUUUCUUGAAUCCAUCUAUCCCUUGGUCUUCAUUUUGCAUUAAGGUUACUUUUUCGUAAAAUUCACUCUCCACUCAACUCUCAAUGCUCUCUAUCCUCAUCAUUGAGAACAUGUAUCAUCAAGCAUAUUAUGGCUCUGAAUCUGUCAUAGAAGCUUGUCCUUUUCAGUUCUAUCCGAAGGGGGUCUUGCUAGCCUACCAUGUAGUGAGUUCCUGACCUUUUUCAGCUUCAUGAUCAAAUGGUCAUUGCUGAAAAGCCUCUUUUAGUAGCGACUCAUACUCUGCUAAUUAGUUCGUGCAGGACCUUGUCCUGUGAUUGCUUCUUCUCAAAUUGAAAGAUGCGUUUUUUUGCGUUCUCUUCUUGCCUUUAGUGAGAUAGGCUUAUGGUCUAAAGUUGUUCUACGUUAGCAGAUAGUUUUCAUUUUGGGAAAACUAGCCUCCUCUUCAACUGAAACUAGGAACAUAUCCAACCUUUGGUGAGAGAUGUUUGCUCUCAAGUUUGAUCAGGCAUAAGUACGAUUAAGUUUACAAACAUUAACCAGUGCAGCAGCAAUGAAAUCGGAUUUUUUUUCUUUUCUGCAUAAUGUCUAUGUUUCCCUUUCCCCUCCUCCAUGCUAGAGAGGUCAUGGAAAUCUCCCUUGACACACCUUGCCAACUUGAAAUCCGAUUGACCUCUGGCGGGUGAUGGAAUUGGUGUCUCUUCUCCUUCCUAUUUAGCUGCCAAAUACCUUAGUGACGUCGAGACAAAACCAGCUGAAAGGUUCUUAAUAGUGUGAGAUAAUCAUCUCUCCCUUCCUCUCUGAUGAUUGUUCCUCUAGACAUCCCGAUUGCUGUGUCUCUAUACCCUCAUUAAGAGAGCUCAUCUGAUAUCCUUUAAUGAGGCCUCUUCCUUCUUCUCACUUUGUUUCUGGCUGGUGGAUAAUAUAGAUUGCACCUUUUUAUUUGCUCUCUCACUGACCUCUUAUUAUCUUCGCACACUUCUUUAAUGUUCUAUACAAUAAGCCCGAUUUGCCCAUAUAACUUAUCUCUCUUAUUUGCAUUGUGAUCUUUCUAUGUUGCUUUUCUAGCAUUUCUUGGAACACCGAGAUGCCAUCUUUUCCCAAUUUUUGUAGCUAUAACUUGCACAUCAUCGUCUAGUUUGCCAAUUGAUAUCUCUACCUUGCAGUCAAAUUCACACAGCAGUUCUCUCAUUGUUGCCUCCAACAGUUUUGAGAUAUCUUUAGGUUCGUUGUGAUUGGGUUCCUCUUCUUCCUGUGUCUUCGUGCCUGCUGAUUUCUCAAGAUUCUCUUGAGCUCUCUUGUCCUUGUGAUGCCAGAGUCUCACCAAAAUAUUCUCUUAAACAAAGGUAUUCGUGCUUGGAUGGCGGCUCAGGAGCAGCCUCAUGAAAAUCUUAUAUUCUCCGAGGAGGUUCUACCACGUGGAAACGCCCUUUAAUGGAACUUCCCUUGCCCUAAUACCUCUCAGUUUUUUAACAGUUUCAACUUCUAUCAAAUUUCGUUUUGGCCUGCCCUCCUAACAUGAAAACAAGAAAUACUUUAACACAUUGAAUAUGCACAAUCUGCUCGUCAUAAUAAGGUCAAAGUUGACCUUAGUGCGAAUAAUAGGCAAUUAGACAAUGAUUUGGUUCUAUUUCCACUGCGUUCCCAAGCUAAUUUCUACACCAUAGUUCUACAAUAAGAAUUACGUUUCUUUUUUUGUUUUCUUGAAUGUUUCAACUUGAGUAUGGCAGUCAUGUUGGAACUACAGCAUCUGUUCUGAAAUUGUGCAUCAUAGUUAGGUAUAAACUUUGGCAUUCAAACAUCUGUUUUGUAAAUUACUCUUGUCUCAUAAUUUAUGUAUCCGAGGUACAAAGUUAUUAAAAGAUCAAAAGUUUGUCGUUUUGCUUUACAUCUCUGUUGACUUUGUAGAAUUUGUCUGAUGUUGCCAAUUUUGAAGUGCUUUUUAAACUUUGAGUUGGGCUGCCUGAGAAUGUGUUCUGGUAUUAUAAUCUGUUUUUAAAUACUGAGUUAUUUGAACGUGUGCUUCUAUCUUGGGUUCAUCCCAUCACUAUUUCUUGUAUCAACGUAACUUGGAGUUUAUUAUGUUUUCUUACCUGGCAUCUGCAUUUAAUUUCAAAAUAAUAUCCUUUCUUUGCUGUUUUUAGAUCUUAUCAUUUGGUUGAAUGUACUUUCAUUAUUCGGAGACUGAUCUUUUUAUUUGGUAAUACUCUUCUCUAGGUGUUGUCUAGCAAAUUAUCUGCUUGGACUAGAUGUGAACAGGGAAAGCAACCAGAAAUCUGCAAAGGAUGUGUUUUCUCCUGUUUUUUUGGCAUUGUUAGACGCUCUUCUUUUAUCUGCUCAGGUUUUUCUUCUUUCCUUCAGUCGCUAAGGUUGUAACGCUUGAAGCAGCUUUCGCUAAAUGAUAGAACUGUGGUUUUGAUGUAUCUUCCGAAAAUUGUAUUUGCACAUGGAAUGAAUGGUUACACCACGAACUGAGAAAUUUUCAGAAAAGGUAAAGGCUUUCACAAUAUUUAGAUAUAUUUAAUGGCUGAUACACUUUCUCGUAUGGACUGACAGUUAUCCAACAUAAAACUGAUAAGUGCCAGAAAAUAUUUAGUGUUUCUUCUGGAAAAAAUAUAGUCAGCUUUGAUAUAUGUAAAUACUUAUUUGGCUCACGAAAAUAAUAUAGCCAGCUUAUUUCUGGAUUUGUUUGAGGCUUUAGAUUGUUUUUUUGACAUAGAUUCUCUUCUUUUUCUUGUCUUUAUUCAUCUUAUAAACCUCCUCCAAGGCAAAGUGACAUGAGUUUGAAGCUGCACUCUCCAUUUAUCGUGCACAUUAAAGUUCUUGUUCGUAGUUUCCAUUGGGAACAUUCUUGUUUUCAUCUUUUUAAUAAUCUCGUAACAUUUUUUUGUUCUAAACAAUAAGAAAGAAAGCAUUAUCGAACUUGAUUUUAUCUGACAUUCUGGCUGACUAGUGUAAUUUUCCUGUUCAUAGUAUCUUUCUGUGAUCAGUUGUCUUUUACAUGCAUUCCGGUCAUAUGCAUUUUGUUGACUGUCUUGCAUAUUUGACCAUUUUAUAGGUUAAUGGUCCUAAUGUCAACAACGAAAAUGGACGCACUGGCAUACCAGAUGACCUAUUCCAGUUCAGAACGAAUUUAGAGGAGCUUUUGGUGGACAUUUGCCAGAUUUUAGGGCCUUCCACCUUUUUGCAAAAGGUUUUUUGUCUUAAUUUACGUUUUGACAGCUAAAACUGUAUACAUUUUUUUUAAGAUUACGUUAUCUUACGAACCAUGUAUUUUCCUCUUUACUUUUUCGCUCAAAAUACAUGCCAUCAGUGAGAUCUAUAGACUAAAGGUUUUAAGGAAUGAGAAUGUCCUCACAAAUGACGGAUGCAGAGACACGCCUAGUUCCAUGUAGCUGGCACUGAUUGUAGGUCAAAGUCUCCACGCCUAUGACUAUCACCCAAAACUUAUAAUUUAACCUUGAAUAUGAUGACCUCCUCUACGAAGAUAUGAGAUUUGAAGAUAAAUAACCACGGUGGGAAUACUUUUAGCAGUCCAAGCCUUUUUUUGUGGAAAGCUGUGGUUGAGAAUACACUGGUAGUAUUUUCAAUGAGUUGGUAUGCUGCUUUUUCAUCUGGGGUGCAUAUUUCUUUUGAAAUUGACAGUUCUUCGUUCUGAAAAGCUAAAUCAAAUCGCAAAAAUUCUCCUCUGACUGUUAUUUUUUUCUUGUAAAAAUGUAUUCAAACCUACAAGAGUUAUUAGUGCACACAUAUAUUUCCUCAAUCAGGUCAAUCCAGUUACCUGUCUGAUUUUUUUUGCUCUUUCUUAAGUCUUUGAUAUUUUUUUGUAGCUAGGCAAUUUCAAAUUUCGUCAGGCACCAUUUAUCUACAAGGAAGGCAAGGGGAAAAAAAUGUAGAAAAUUGAAAAUUAAUUUCUGGGGUUCAUUUGAAAGCGUUAUGUUAUUGAAGUGGGAUUUUUAUAGAUGCUUGGUCAUGACAGUUGUAGUAGUUGUUCUAUGCUUUUCAAGGACCACAAUUUGAUUGUUUUUGGUAAAUGGAGUAUUAUCACUUUCUGUUUCAGUUUUGUACAUCUUUUGUUGCAACAUUUUGAUUUCUAUUGACUUGCUUUAUUAUAUUUAUCUCUAGUUAGCUAGCAUGUGUUUUUACUUUCCUUUUCACAAGAAGAUAUUAAUGCUAAAUGUUUUUUCUACAGAUUUUUUGUGGAAUAUGGGCCAACACAGAUGUAUCAAUCCCUUGGGUGGAAGUGGAAACUAGACUGUUUGCUCUUAACACAGUGAGCAUACCUUGGGUUUUCUUUUGUCUUCAAUGGUCUAUUGGAUGCCUAUGCCCAACUUUAUCAUUAGAUUCACUGUUUACGCAUAAGAAUGAUUGAAUAAUGCUGUUUGAGGGGAUUUUUUUUCCAUCCUAACCUAGCUGAAGUGAGGAGACGUGAGUGUGAAUAUUUUUUUCGAUAGUGCAAAUUUGAAAAAUGCAUCCAUAUGAGUCGUUAUUAUUGUAGGAAAGAAAAAUUUGGAUUAACUUUCAUAACUUUUUUAUUUUUUGGUUACAUCAAGGGAUUGUUAGUGCUACUCAGGAUGUUUCAAGAUUAGAUUGCAAUUAUCUUCACAGUCAAUGUACGGAAUUCGGAAAAUUGUAUUUUAAACCGCCCUUUCGUUAUAGAAGCAGCCAUUUGUUUUUUAAAAAAAAAUUCGUGAAUAAUUUUUUCUUGAAAAGCUGUUUUGUAAAUAUGUUGUUUUGGCACUCAGUUUUUUUCCUUUUUAAAUAUCUUUUAUUGAUCAUUGUUCACAAAGGGCGAUUUUUAAUCCAAUAUCACGGGAGGAAUCUUGAGUUUUCUUUGGCAUCAAUAUAUAAAAUAAGGGAAUUGAUCUGAAAUUAUCUGAUGUCGCUCAGAUUGGUCUAUUCUAAUGCUAACAUUAAUAAAGAUAAUGCAGAUAAGAAAUUGAGAAAGAGAAGAGGGAAGACAAUAAUAAAAGAGGUACAUAAGUUAUUAUUGCCAACAGAAGAGGAAAAGAGGAAAGUACAAAACAUCAGCAGAAACAUCAGAAAAAAGGAAGCAGAGAAGAGAGAAAACAACUAUCAACUGCUGUUGCCACAAUUUGAGUACUUUCUUCUCCUGGUUCCUGAAGUCUGUGGCCCAUUGAUAUGGGGGAAUGAGGAUGGUGAAGUGGUAUAAGUAGGCAUUAUUUUAUCUGGUUGCAAUCAUUUUGAAAGCUAGUUAUUUUAUUAAAACUAUAUUCAGAAACCCAUGUAACUUUUAAAAAGGUACCAUUUCUAGCUGUUAUUUAUGGCCGAUCCUAAUUCAGUUGUUUUUGUGGGUCUCUCUAGCAUGAUCUAAUGUUACAGAUAGUGUCUUGCAAUUACGAACUCAUUUGUAUCCAUAUAUAAAGUUGACUUUUAUUUUUUUAACUGUUUGCUUUGAUUCCAACCACCUGAGUGGUAAUCGAAACGGGAAUUUGCUGGACUGCUUGUUCAUUUUGCUCAGUCCAUACCAAAUUGACUUGUGAUCUAGAUGCAAAUUCUGCGAUAACAAAUGAUUUACUCUAUGUGAACUUUGACUCAAUUAAAAAUAAAAUGUGGAACAUCGAAUUUCAACACUUUUAGUAAAAUAAAUAAACGUUUUACAACAUGGAUUUAAGUAGAAAAGGAAACCUUUUAAUCUUUGCUGGCAGCUGGAAAAGAAAAAGAAGUGGCCUUUGGGAGAUCAAGAGACUGCAUGGGAGUGUAGAGAGAGAGAGAGAGAGAGAGAGGAUGGAGAGAAGAAGUAUCUGGUUGAUUGGGAGAGUGAGGGUUGUACUUAGACCAUGUUCCUCUUCUUCCUUUUCUUUUCUACCCUCCUUUCUUUUCUCUUCCUUUGCAGAGGGGAUUUGGUCUUUUCAUCUACUUGCUAUCCUUUGUUUUCUUCUUUCAAGGUUCCUUUCUGCAGUAGUUGUAGAAAAACUUCCAGAAAGACCCAAGGUUUAAAUCAUUAAAAGAAGUGAACAUUAGUCCAAAAAGUAUGAUUUAUAUCAUUCUGCCUUCUCUCUUUCCUGCUAUUUCUCCAGCGUUUUCUGCUAUGCUCUAGUGGUUAUAAUAGAGAUGGAACACUCAGGAGUCAUUCUCUGAUCAAACCAGUAAUUUAUAUUUAUCAGCCGGGAAUCCAUAUUUAAUUGCUGAUUAAUCAACUAAUUUUUCUCCCUGAAUUCUUUUAUCACUGUCUGUGAACAGCGUUUGACAUAUUUGUAUUGAUUGUUAACUGUCUUGUGUUGUGACAAUCUUUUCAUCACUUGAUUUUUUUGUUGGGAGAUUUUUUCAGGCUACUAUCAUCCGUUCUGAAUUUCUACUUUUAAUCUGCAUUGGUUUUGGCCAUUUUCGUCAAUGUUUUCCCUUGAAAUCGGAAAACCUCAUAGGAUCUUUUACAUCUUGGACACAAUGGUUCAAUAAAUCAUCACUGCAUGGUUUGUUUCUUCUGACCUGAGAAUAAUGAGUAAUUAGUGCUUCCCAGAUGUUAGCAACGACGAUGGUUAUUGCAUAAGUUGCGUUUUGACGUGUGGGAACUCGGAUUCGAACUAAGUUAUUGACGCCCAGAGAGGCUAGGUCGAAGGUGAAGCGAUUUUGAAAGGAGCAUUUGAAUUCUUAUAAUGCUGGGAAUAUUUUCCGUUAAAGAGAACUUUUAUCUCAACAUCACUAAGCUGGGGCAAGUUUUCCGGUGAGCGAUGGCUUGAGACCUACCUCGACAGUCGUGUUCCUUGAUUGUGUGUUACAAUCCUUGUAAAAAAAAAUCGGUGGAUUUUUUUGCCUCUGAUCUUCUUUGAACCCUACUUUUUGGCAGAAGUAAAUGAGGUCCUGAGUAUGGAUGUAUGGGGACUGGUUUCUUCUUGUAACCAUUGAUGGUUUAAUAGACCUAAUAAUCCAUAUCAGAUCUCCCGAAAUUUUGUAUUCCAUCUUCCCUUGAAGUGAUAUUGAAGGGUUCGUGAUCUUUGCAAACUGUUGGAUGGUGUUCAGAAUUUUUACGAUUGUGGGAAGCUUUGAUUGAGAACGGACACUAAAGUUCUAUUCACGGAAUCCCUAUCCCUAAUCUAGACUUUGUGGAAAAGCUUGUGUUCUUCAAGAUAGUCUGUACUAUACCGUUAUUUUCCCUUUUUCCACAAGAUCUAUUCACAGAAUGUUCUAAUUUAACUGUCUUAAUCACCGAGGCAUGUAGACUCCAAAUUUUACAUGAAAUUUGUGUAACUUUGAAAGAUCCUCCCUCUUCCCCUCGUUCUUACCUAUAUUUUGAAUUUUUAUGUUUCCAAAUGCCUCGCUUAUGUGCUUGUGACAACAAGCCUCUAUGCCUACUCACUAUUUUCCCUCUCCCAUUAUUCCUUUUAAUAAUGGAUUCAAUGUUUGAUACAGGUUGCUGAAAUAGUACUACAGGAUGGGCAUCGAUUUGAUUUUGCAGUUAUUCUGCAGUUGGCUACAAUUCUAUCAAACAGCGCACCUGAUGAAUUCGGAGGCUUCACGUGGCUUGUAAGUUGAAUUCCUGAAUGUUUUUCAGAUAAUGUUAUGCACCUGUAUUUUGUUUUCUUAAUGAUUUUCUUUUUUUUCUUCUUAGGUAUAUAAAUCAAUAGCGGAUGUUAUUGGUUCUUAUUCCAAGUGGAUAUCUUCCUUUCAGAAUAAUAUUGGGCAGCUACUGUAAGGGUCAUAUCUCCAAUUUUCUUUUGAUCUACAAAUGCAUAAGUGAAGAGUAUUUAGAUUUAAUAUGCUCUUUCAGAUUAUUCUGUGCGUCUGGAAUAACAGAAUCCAUAUCCUCGAAUGCUUGUUCCUUAGCCUUUCGGAAACUUUGUGAAGAUGCUUCUGCUGCAAUCUAUGAAUCUUCCAAUCUGGACAUUCUGAUUUGGAUUUGUGAGGUAAUUUUCCCCUGACCCAUAUAUAGUUAUAUUUUCGUGUAGAAUCAAUAAGUCACUUAAUUACAUCGAAAUUAAUGGUCGUUCAUCCUUGCUAAUUUUCGACUGCAUUUUCCAAUAAAGCAGCUGUACUUGUUUUAAAUCACGGUGAAUUAGUAAUGACUAGAUUCUGUUGGUAAUGGAGAAUCUAAUGUCUUUCCGCAACCUGUGUUUAGAAAAUGUCCUUAAAGGAGAAAUAUCUGACCAUUUGAUUUUUGUCAACUAUUAUCAUUGUAUCCAGAGUUUUCAGUUUCAUUCUAAUGCUUGCCAAUUCCUUCCGUUCUAAGAGUACCAUUUUAUAUAGCUUGCUUCAAAAUAGAAAUUUGCUGGAGUUACGCAGUAUUUUUUAGAAUUGCUUUGAUGGUUCAUUGACUAGUUUGUUCCUAGCCCAAAGCUGAAACAUGCUUUCCCUCCUAGACUGUUUAUCCUUAGGCAACCGUUUGUUAACUUGUCACAUCGUCUGUGUUUAUUUUGGUGGUAAGAGCAGAAUGUAGAUUACCUUAAUUUAAUGCUCUGGUCAACCUGGGGGUUGGUCGAAUUCUCUUCACUGUAUUAAGGAAGGGAAAAUGAUUUAGAAGUAAAAUCAUGGAAAAAUGGAUAUUGGGUCUUGGCUAGACUCUGAUUGAGUUAAGGAUAAAUAUGACUUAAGGAUAAAUGACUUGGAUAUUUUAGGUAUUCAUAUCAGUGCUCAGGAAUUAGCAUUUACGUUAAAACAUAAAUUGGGCCAAACACAUUCCCAUUUGAUCCUUCUUCUCUUCUUUUUUUUCUAAUUUUCUUUGAUCAGGUAUAUAGCAGCACCUGCUGCAGUGUGGAGGCAAUGAUAUUUCCUUUCCCUUUCUUCCUGCUAAUGCAAGGCAACUGUUAUCACUAUUGCUUACAUGAAGAUAUUAAUUUUCUUUUUAUGUACUGUUGGACUUUUUCAGUGCAAACAGAGAUUUUGAAACCAAAUAAUCAAUGAAGAGAGUUUCUCAAUAGCAUGCUGGUGGAUACAGGAUCUUAUACUUCUCCUUGCUGAAUCCAACAUCUAGAACGAGCAUAUAUCCACCAGAAAAAAGGCUAAUUUCUUUGCUAGGAGUAUUAUAUUAAUGCUUUUGUUACAACAUAAUCAAUUCGAGUGAGGGAUUGGAGGGUAAAUAUCUCUUAAAAAUUGUCUGGACUCCCAUUGUAGUCUCUUUUGUAUAACUAAAAUUUUCGGUUUCUAGCUAUAAUCUCUAAUAGAGUGGUGUAGGUUGCCUUCCAUAUCAUCUGAACACAUCAGUUUGUUCUUGCUCUUUUGCUCGAGCAAUGUUAUGAUGCCAUUACAAGAGGUCUUGUUGGAUUUUUUGUAGUUAACUUCUGUUAUUAGUUAGAUCGUCUACCACAUAAAUGGAAAAUACGUGAUGAUACAUAAACUCUCAGACGAUACCAGUGAGAAAAUUGGCUUAUUUCAUGCUUUCCAUUAUUCUUGUUCCUUUUCUUUUUAUAUAGAUGAUUUAUUUCUUGUUAUUAAUUACGUGAUUGGAAAUCAUUUGAGCUUAGGCAUUGGAGAAAAGGCAUCUCCCUUUAGAAGAAGAAGAAGAGGUUGUUAGUGCAAUAGCCCUUGUUCUUAGUACUGUCCCCGAUAAAGAAUUGAAGAAUAACACAUUAGCGAGGCUUCUUUCUUCAGGUUGCAGAGCCAUUGAGAAACUUGUAAGCCUACUCCAAUCAUCACCCUCAUACCUUAUAGUUUAUGAUUCAGUCUUUUUAUUUCGGUAUCAUUCACUAGAGUAUGAGUAAUGUCGUCAAUUAUUGAUAUAGCAGUUGCCUAGUUAAGCCUAUAUGUUUAUAUACUCAGUUUACUACCUUUAUACGAUCAUGUCAUUCUUUUUAAAAUUUAUAGAGCGUAUUAUAGUUUUUUUGGGCUAUAUUUUUUGAUACAGGGAUUCUACUCUGAAAUAUAAAAUUUGGGCCUAUUAUUUUGUUUGUUACGGCUUUCCUAAUUUUCAGGACAUGCUUGAGUAUUAGUUGUUCGCCAUAGUUUAUUGUGUUGGAAUAUUCUUAUGCACUGUCUAUCGAUGCCAGGAACAAAUAUGCAUCAUAAUAUUUUGUCCAAUUCAAUUUGAUUGUCGUAGUUCAGUAGUCCAGAUAUUAUUCCUUAUAUUGCAUUAGACAUGUUUUGCUUCCUUCCCUGCCUAAAACUUUGGCGCUGCAUUUCUUCAGCUUGAUGCAGAAAGUGUUCAAUCUCUUCGACAGAACCCAGCUGCCUAUAUUCUUGCUUUGAAUGCUGCUGUCAGGGGACUCUACAGGUCAGGUUUUUUCUUCUGCCAACUGAGUUCUGAGAUGAUAGAUUGCCUGUAAUCAGGACCAGUAUAAUUGAAUAGUAUUCGGAUCAUUCCUUAUUUAAAAAUUGAAAUUUGGACAUUAUUACGCGAAAGGCAUCUGCUUGAGUAUUUUGACUGUUUUCAUAUUGUUUGCAUUACUGAAAUAUCCUUCUACUAUUUUCCUGUAAAUAUUUGUUUCUAUUCUAAAGAGUACUGAAAUUAUGUAUUCUGAAUGGAAAGUAGACAUUGGAUACUGUACAAUGGGGAGAUAGAAUCCAUGUUGCCUGUUGUUAGUAGUUGGAAGUGCAUGAUGAUUGUGACAAUGAUUCUGACACUACUGAUCUGCUUUCUGUUUCUUUAUCUAGGUAUCUGUCAUUAUUUGUCAUCACUAUCAUAUUUUACUGUAACAAUCUGACACUACUGUGACUCAAGAUCAAAUCCCACAUAGGUCAUUUACUUAUCAGAUGACUGAACAUAAACCCUGCAUACGUUGAGGCAGAAAUUGGUUACAAGUUGAUGUCCAUGGUAGGAAUACUAGUGAAGGAUGUUAAAGGUGUAGCUGGAGGAUACAGUCAGUGACUGCAUCUACUAAAAAAACAAUUAAUCUUAAAAAAGUAUGAUUUAUUUUUUAUCUUUGUUUAUACAUGAUGCCAAGAAUUCUACAUGAUUAUUUUUUAAAAAAUUGGAAUAUCUUAUCUUUGCAAGAAGAGGACGAUGCUAGGGUUGAAACUUAUUGGUUCCCCAAUGUGGGCGGUGUGUUCCCUUUUCGUCUGUCAUCCAUAAACAACACCGUUGGGUUGAAACUUUUGCCAGCUAUACCUUGGUGGAUACUAAUUAGCUUAGGCAAAUCAUUGAUAACGCUGCCAUUGCUCUCAUUCUUGUUCUUUACUUAGUAAUGAGUUCCUUGAUGUCUAGAAAAUGUAUGGCUUACUCCCCUCUUUAGUACGGACCAAAUAUCGUGCUUAGGUUGUCUGUCAUGUCUAUUUCCUAUCUUUGAAAUUCAUGUAUAUGGCCUUAUGCGAUGAAAUAUACAGUAGCGUUGAACCAAAAUUAGUUUUCAAUAAGGUUAAUGAGUUUUUUCUAUGCUGACUUUUCUGAGUGUUUUUCUUUUAAAUUUUGAAUCCUUUUACGAUUCCUUAAAGACACGUCGAUAGUAUUGCGAGAAGGAAUCUUGUGACAUCCUACCUGUUUUGGUCCACUCAGCUGUAUUCCAUUGACAGUACGACUGGAAUAAUUCCAACUAAGGCAACAUUACAUGCUCAAGGACGAUAUAUGAAUUAGCUAAUAUCAUACAUUAACAUGGGAUCAGAUAUAUCAUUAAGCACAGCAUCCCCGAAGUUAUCUUGGAUUUACAGACUCCCAAGUCUGGACCUUCUUACAUAAACGUAGUCAUGAAAAAACAAGGCUAUGAAGGCAUUCUUAAAAGCAACUACAAAAUAUAGCUUUUUCUAAAUAGAGUCCAUUAGGACCACCCAUACUCUUCCCCACUUGAAAGAGAGGAAAAAGAGCGGGCGAGUUUUUUGACGCAACCGGAGGAUUCUCCUCUUUGCAUACCUCACAAUAUGAAAAUCAAGCAUUUAAUGUAAAUCAUAUUAUAAACAUGUCAUAGUCAUGUAGGCAAUUACAUGCAUUUAUGCUCUAUUAAAGAGAGACUUAUUGUGAUACAACAUCAUCAGGAAAUUACAUUCUCCUGUGAUUAUGGACUUCAAUGAUAUGUUUCCAGCCACGACAUCAGGAAGAGGCCAGGACAUUCUCGUUUUACUUGGGCAUGAUCAAUGUGUGAACUUAGUUUCAAUCUAGAAAUCAUUGAGAUCACUGUUCGGAGCUCUGAUUUUGCUGCAUUGGCCUUUGGAAUAGUUUUUACCUUAAUGUAGACGUUUCAUUUCCUUAUCCUUACAGAUACUUCGAGGAUAAGCCCAUUAUCCUUCCUAUAAUGACACUAACACAUCCCAAUCUGUUAAUUCCAUUUCUAUGUUUAUAACUCUCCAUUCAUAGUAAAAACAUCAAAACUUCCAUAACAUUACAUCAUUGUACUCCCAUAUGUAAAAUAAAAAAAUUGCACAUGGCAUUUAAUAAGACAAUAGUGGAUAUAUAACAUAAUGGAAACCUUAAAUUGGAGCAUGACAACUGGGAGGCAGUCAUAUGAGAACAGGCACCUACUUAAAGAAGCAACCCUGCUAACCAUUGUUGACCGAUUAUUCUCUUUCCUAGAUGAAACAUAUAAGGUUUAAUGAUUGGAUAACAUAAAUUAUAUCCUUGAUUUUCUAGUACGGUCUCAUCAUGUCUACUUGAUGUAGGGCUUGGACUAGACAUAGCCUGUAGCCAGUACAUUAAAAGUAAUUAUUGCACAUGAAUGCCAAAGAGCUAGGCUAGUGGGCCUAGCCAAUAUCCUGCUCACACCUUUCCAAAAGACAGCCCAAUAAUGUAUUGCUUAGGCCCAGGGUCUAGCCUCUCCCUGAUCCUAAUUGGGUCUAUCACCUUGACCUAUUGGGCCUUGGGCUCACUCGAGUAACCUUUUUUUCCUUGGGACAGGGUUGAUGCACUAUAAUGUAGUCCACGUACUGGGCCAUCAAUUCCCUCGGGCUUAGUAGACUAACUCAUUCAACUGACAGUCCAUCCUCCCUCUCUAUGAAGAGGACAGAGUUGAACACUUACCUGAAUCCUGACAACUCUGCUGUGCUGGCUCGCCAACCACAAGCAACUGGUGGCCAGAGAAAGAAAGAGAAAGAGCGUGAUAGAUGGGGGAGAAAUAGGAGGAGGGGUGGCUGAUUUAUCGCUCCCCCAUUGAUUAAUGCUUAAUUGACAUUAUAUCACCUUGAUGUCAGCUAAAAAAAAUAAGACGGAAAUCGUUACUUAGUUAAAUGUUGAUUAAGCAUUACAUCAAGGUGAUAUAAAGUCAAGUAAUGUUUUUAAACUUAUUUCCUAUGUAAGUCGGUAAAAGUUCUUUAUUUUAACAUGUUUGCUAAAGGUCUCACCAAAGUCAAGUAAUGUUCUUAAACUUAGUUCCUAUGUAAGUCGGUAAAAGUUCUUUAUUUUAACAUGUUGGCUAAAGGUCUCACCAUAGAGAGAAGGAUAAAAUAAAAUAUUGCAUCUAGAGAGAAACAUAUAAUAUUGCAAAGAAUCACUUUUAAAUUUUAACUGGCCUAUUCAAAAUGGAUCAUUUGCCCCUUCUAGCAUGUUUUUUUCCUUUCAAAAGAAGAGCAAUAACAUGUUCCUAUAUGAACAAAUUUUCUAUUGAUGUCCUUUGAUAAACAUUAACAUAUAUUCUUUUAUCUGAACUGAGAUUGUGAUUUCAUUCUCUCAGGAUGGGGGCGGUAUUCAGUAACCUGGGAAAUCCUUCAACUGAUGUAGAAGAUGACACUAUUCUUAGUCUGCUGGGUGUACUUUGGCCACUCCUUGAGAAAUUGUUCAGAUCUGUCCAUAUGGAGAGUGGUAGCUUGUCCGCUGCUGCAUGCCGGUCUCUUUCACUGGCACUCAAGUCUUCAGGUAUCAUAACAGUACGUACGGGCUGGAUUCAUUUCCUGACUAUUUCCGGGGCCAGAUAAUUCUUAUAGGCUGAACCUCUGCUCUUUGCAGGCGACCACUUUCUCUUAUUGUUGCCUACUGUGUUGAGCAGUUUAUCAACUAAUUUUGUAUCAUUUCAAAACCAUGAGUGCUAUAUAAGAACAGGUGUGUUAUUUCUUCACUUUUAUGACUAUUUAAAAUAUGAAAUGUUUGGAUAAGCACGAUGCAGAUCAGAAUCUGGAAAUUUGGAUAUUUUGUAUGGUUGGAUGCUUCUCUGCUGUUUGAAUAGAAAGUUGCAUCAAUCACCUUUUCUUGAUUAUUCUAUUUAUCUUGUUUCAUCUCAUUCAUAUGUACUUUGUAGAGUUCCGUUUUCGUAGCAGGAUGUGAUCAAUCACUAAUAAAGAAAUGUUAAUUCAUCAAUCUUGAGUCACCUAGGCUAUUAAUGUUAAGAAACUUUUGAAGAUCAUAGCUGGUUUUGAGACUGAUAUCUUUCCUUUCUGUCAAGUACAUGCUCGUGUCACCAUGUAUUUGGUGUAGUGUGAAAUUUUGACCUUUCAAAGAGAGUAUGUUGACAAUUAAAAGAAACUUGAGAAGUAAGCAUGCCAGACAAGGCAAAUGUGUAGUUGAGAAGUAUGAAGAAGAUUGCUACAAUAGCUCUGGGUUUUUUUUAGAUGGAGUUAUGGUAUCUUGACGCAAACCAACCAAGAGCAAACAGUGAGGAAAAAAAAUCUGUCACAUCAAUUCAUAGAACUGUUGCUGGUUAUAUACAAUUACCCUGGUCUCAAAAAAAGGAAAACUACCUUGGUUGAAUCCAACGAUUUGUGGCAUACUCAACCAACUUAGGAAACUGAUCAACAACCUUACCAAGUGGGGAAAUCGACCCUCAUUAGGAAACCGAUGAAUAUUAGGAAACUGAUCAACAACCUAACCAAAUUAGGAAACCGGCUGAUAAACUAACCGCCCAAGUUAUACUUUUUUCCGACGUCUUUAGACAAGACGAUAAAGAAUGCCAAGAUAUCAGACAAAAAACAUACAACGAGAAUGUGCAUCUCCAAUGAGCUUCCCUAGUGAGCCUUUGGGCUUGUCCUUUCUGUGUCCUUGAGCAUAAUUUUUCAUGUCAAUUCAUAAAGACACCCCAGCUCAUGUUCGAAAAUAUACAUUACUGUUCCUGCAACGAAUUUUAAUUUAGUUGUCACGUCCCUUUUCUAGCAAUCAUUCAAGGGUGCUCCAUCUGAGUUUAGUUAGUGGAAAGGAUUCGGCUUCUCACAUACCCAGAAAGCCGAGUCUAGAAAUGGGCUGUACAACUCAUGAAAAGAUCACCCGAAGUCUAUUAAAAAGAUUAAACAUAAUAAGUUCCUUUUAGGUGGUUCACCAUCCGAUUAAAGAUGCGCAAAAGUAGAAAGCUGGGAUUAGUGGUACCGAAAUAAGGAUUUAUGUAUUGUGAAUUUUCUAGAUAGUCAUAGAAACACUCAGCUCGGAUAUGUGAUCAAGAAACAUGUCUUUGAAGGAAUCUCAUAAAUUUUUAGUUAUUAAAUAAAACCUAGUUCAGGUGCUAAUGUACAGAUGUUUGAUGGUGAUGCUUCAUGAUCUUGCGAUAACUGGGGCUGUUUGAGAACUUUCAGUGCACAUUGGGUACAUGACUGAGGUGAUGAACUUUCCCUUGAUUAUGCAAACAACUAAAUAUAAGAAACACAGAAAGACUAUAUUGACAUUCUUCAUAAAAGUUGCUUCUGAUUUCGUUUCCCAAAAAUUACAUUUAUCCAUCAUUGAUUUCACAGUGGUUCUAAUUCCUAAAAUGUUUCUUUUUCCUUAACAGUUUUAUAUUUCGGUUUCUGAAGUUGUUCAAUUUCUAAUUGCUCUUUUGCUAAAAUAUUGUUCAGCUACCGUUGUCAUUGAAGAAUUUGGUCACAGAGAGGAAUAUGGCUCUUUAUAUAUCAGCACAUUUGAGAGAUUUACUUCUACUGCCUCAGUGAUGGCUCUCAGUUCUUCUUAUAUAUGUGAUCAAGAGCCUGACCUAGUUGAAGCCUACACUAACUUCACUUCUUCAUUUGUUCGCUGCUGUCCCAAGGUUUGAUCUUUAAAAAUCAAACUCUAAGGAUCUUGCAAUGUGUGGAAGCAGCGAAGUGAAGAUGUUUGCUAAUACCAGAAUGUUUUUUCAGGAAGUGGUUGCAGCGUCUGCUUCACUCCUUGAGCUAUCCCUCCAGAAGGCCGCCAUAUGCUGCACAGCAAUGCACCGUGGAGCAGCACUAUCAGCAAUGUCCUAUAUGUCUUGUAAGCAAUUAUAAUUCACCUUGAUUUAAUAGUUUGCUGAUUCUUUGAACUUAGAGCUUUAUUCCUAGACAGUAUUGGGCUUAGGGAUCAUACGUCCUGCACCUUUGAAAAUCUAUUAAAUUUGAUAUAUUUUUUUCUAGUUUUAACAAUAUUUAAUUCACUGUCUCUUAUAAUAUCAUGCGAAUAUCAAAGCCUUUACAAGUUUUUGUUUUUGCAUCAUGCUAAUGUCAUUUUGGGUUAGGCAAGAAAUUUUUUGUUUGUUUCUUGGACCAAAGGUUGAUGGUAAAGACAUGCAGAAAAAAGCACAAAAAGCCUUCUGAAAAUAAACUCUAAAUGACCAGAAUGUGUGCAUCAAUCAUAUUGAGUGUUAUCAAUUCGCAUGAACGUGUUUAUCUCCCAUUUAGAUUUUGUGAAUUCUGUACGCUUUUGAUGAUUGCAAGAGAGAUCUAAUUGUCUGAAAUAUUUAUCAAUGUUUCAUCCUUUUAGUAAAUUUACAUUUUUUUUAUACAUGUAAAACUACAGCGGACUAUGGACAGAAAAUUACGUGCCAGAUCGAGUAAGUUAAAUGCAGCUUAGCGCCAAAAAUUUCUUUCCCUUAAAUUUUCUUGAGUGUGACUAAUAGAUGCGUCUGUUGAGAAUGGUUUUUGCACCUCGUGAAUAAGCCAAACAGUACGAACACUAUUUUUUGUUCUCUUCUUCUAUAAGGUGCCUUCAUCCACAUGAGUUGGUAAACUUGGUCUGAUGAUAUUAUCCCCCAGACCUGCAUCCUCCCGAUCACAUCCUUGGCUUUCCUGCCACUACCUUAGUGAAAAUCAUAACGUUUAAUUAUUCUAACGCUUGAUGUGACAAGCAUCAAAAGUAGCAUUCAUUCCCUCGACUUUACCAAGUGUGGCUAAUUUCUUGUAACAGUCUGAGCCCGAGUUUACAAAUCCACAUUUGCAAUGACGUCCAUGAGGUAAGACCAACCAUAUUGUCUUACUAUCCUCGGACAAAAGAUCCCACAAUUCUAAACUAUGAUCAAAGAUAAUGGAAAAAAAUAUGUAAAACAAUUGUCAACAUGCAUAUCUGACUUUGUUAUUAGACUCCCUAUUGAACUGAGAUAUGAAAAGUCAAAUGACAGAGGUGAUUAGGUUUUUUAGGGGGAAAAAAUAAAUCAGAGGACGCUGCAUCCUGGGAUUACACGGGUUUUGGUCUUGAGCCCCUUGCUCUUCCAUUUCAUUACAGAAAAAGUACGGGAUAUACCCAUGUUUCCGUAGUAUUAGAGAUGACUUAAGAAGAGAUUAGACAGAGAACUCAAGUGAUCAGGUAUCUGGUAAGAUUCCUUCCUCCCGCUACCAGGAGAAGGGCUGUGGGACGGAAAAAGAGAAUGAACUGGAUGGAUAUUCAGGAGUGGACAAUAGUCAGGGUUCCGCGGAACCCUAACAGACUAUGAGAAGUAGUUCGAGAGGCUUCCCGUCCUUUCUUCAGCUCCACCGAGUCCUAGAGUACUGUUCACUAAAAGAUUCCCCCAUCGUACGUUUGAGGGUUCUUAAUAACCUACCCAUACAAUGACCUAUCUGUUCCUCUCGCUCCCUUACUUUCCUACCCCUCUGCCCUAUGUUUCUGUCUUCGUUUAUAAGUCUUCACCGGAACCUUAUCACUAUCUUAGGCCUAAUGGGUAUAGUCAACUGGUCCUUUGAACGAACAUAUGGAAGGGAUAAAUCUUUCAUGCACAACUUUGUCCUAAUGGAUCACGCUCAAUUUGUCUGGUGUUAUGAGUUGGCACCGGAUAGUUGGCAAUGUUGAUGGCAACCUUAUUAUCACAAUACUACCGGGGAAAGUCAAACUUUCAGAUUCAAAUCUUGACUGAGGCUUGUCAGCCAUUGAAACUCAGUUUGUGCAUGUGCCUUUUCCUUGUGCUGUGCUUCUGUACUUGACCUUGCUAACAUAGUCUGACAUCAUAAUAUUAUCAGCCAAAAAGAUACAAUAUCUUUUGGUUGAUCUUCUAUCAUCCAGAGAUAUUUGCCUGAACAGAUUCUAUGCACCCCUUAAUUUUAAGACAAUAUCUGCCUGAACAGAAAAUCUCCUUUGGUAGUGCGAGGAUCAAGAUCAGAUAAUCCAGUGGAUAGGUCGCGAAUGAGAGAUAGACAUUAAAAAACAUGAGAGAAAUAAAUAAGAGAGAAGUGAUUUAUGCACAAGAUUUUCGAAUGAUUUCUUAUUUAUGAUGUAGACAACAAUGGGCAUUGCUUCUGCUGAAAACCUUUUGUGAAGACUGUAGUGAACCAAGAGAGUAUGGUUGCUUCGAUUUGUCUAUUUUUUCUGUGGCAAAUGCAUUUUAUUGUGCCUUAUAGACAGAAUUCUACAGGAUGGUACCGUCUUUUUCUAAGGAUGCAUUCAAAUGACUUGCAAGAUGUUCUUUUGCAUUUCAGAACUGAAAAAUCUUUGGUUUCUAAUUGAUCUUCAAUCAUCUUGAAGAAAACUUAAACGAUGUGAGGAACCGUUCGAAAUCCAAUGCGCAAUGCAGUAUGACUAUAUUCAGGAAUGUAGUUGAUGAAAAAUCUAUAGCCAUCCAUAGAAUUAAUAGGGCAGGCCCUCCCUGCAUUUGACUGAAAAUUUUGAAAAGCAGCAGAAGCUUUUGUAUCAAGGAAAAGAGUUCUAUAAUGUUUUGAUAAUUGAGAUAUAUGACAUUGACGUAACACUGGGUGUAUUUAACUAAAAAAUGAAGAAAAUAAUACUUAGACCGAAAAGGUAAAAUGUCUAAGCAAUCGGGUACUACAGACUGAUCUCCUUCAAUAAUUGCUACAUGUGAUCCACCGGACUAGGUUGGUAAUGCGUUACAUCUGGUAUAAAUCAGUUCAGUCCUCCCACUUCAUGACUACUUCCAAUCGUUUACUUCAUCUUCAACUUCUGAAAGAUAUGAUGAUGAAAAAAGGUUUAUGAAACAGUUUUGAGUUGUAGCUGAAAGAAGAUUCAUAGUGUCAUAUUAUCUUUUCUAGUGAUAGUGGCUGAGGAGUCAUUUUCUGUGGUCACUUUAUCAUGUCUUGAACUCAAGAAGUAGAGUAAAUUGUGGAUGCAUGUAAUGUGAUCUGUAGCCGCUGAGCCUAUGACCUAAGUGGCAUGGCCAGGAUAAGUGUAAACCAUGAUUCAGAGUGAUUGUGGUGUGGUUCUUCAAGGAACACCUAUGGUCCCUGAAAGUCUACUUUAGCAGACUCGUCUGUUGAAUUCCUGCAUUCAGUAAAUUGCUUUUCGAUGACAUUGACGAUAUUUAUCUAACAUUAAAUUUUCAAACUUGCUCUCUGUCACAUCUGGUGCUCGGAGACUUCCUUCAAUAUAUAUAUUGAUUCACUGCAUCCAUUGACGAACUUCUGGUCGACUGAUUAUCAUAAUCAGAUAUUAAAGUUCACUCUGUAGUAACAAAUUUUCAUAUAAUGCCAUGGUCAUAGUCCUCUGAGAUGUUAACGAAUUGUUAGCAUCCCAAUUACUUGAUUAGGUUUCUUCUUGAUGUGAACGGUACUGCUACUAAUCAGCCAGGCUGUAAGAUUUCUGUGGCUCUAAGAUAGAAGAAGGCGCCUGAAGAGAAUGCUCCUGUGGCUGUCAAGAUACUGGACUCAGUGACGUGUAUUGCAGAGGAACACAGCAUAAGUUGAGAGUACCUGGAGAGACUAUGAGCAUCCCAGAAGCUGCUUCUCGCAGGGGAGAGCGACUGUGAGUAGAUCUACUGGCCAUCACAGGCCUCACUGCGGUUGUAGAUGACGGGAAUUUCUAUGCUCCUCUCUGGACUGAUGUAAGUGUUGACGAUGGGAAUUGGGAGGACACCACAUAGCUCUUCUCUCCAGCCAGGCUACUCCAAUGUUGAUACACGUUGUCUUCUGGUUUUGGGCUCGCAACACAAGGACUGCAUCAGCAGUUAUGGCCUCAGAGAGGAAAGAAGAGGAGAGAAAAUCGGAUCUAAGUACUCUAAUCCAUGAAGAGAAGAUGGUGGAUUGAAGGCUGUUGCAUGAAGGAGCCUCACUCUAGGAUUUUGUACUCUUACAUUGGACUAAUAGGCAUACAAACACACAAUUGUAGAAAUGAAAGCAAACUAAUGGCUUCCUCUUGUCAAGAUCCCAAAAAUAAUUGCUAUAUGAGGUAUUCAUGAUGUAGUUGUAGCAACUGCAAUUUUUUCCUUGGAAAUAAAUUGGAUUGAUGGUUUCAAGAAUAAACAAAUGGAUAUGUAGAUCAAUGAAAUAAUGACGAGUAUAACUAAAAAAUGUCAAUAGUAUAUGUUUGAGCCCUGAGUUAAUAAAAACUGAGGAGACUGACUUUGUUGCAUGUGGGUUACUAAAAAAACCCCUCCUUCUUUUCAUAGGUAUAACAUAAAGUAGAGGACAUACCACAGUUUUCUUAGUUCGAGGUUAAAAUAGGAAUAGGAGAAACAAAGCAUUCUACAAGUUAGGUUUCUUAGGUCCUGUGACUUGGGUCAGAAGGAUAUCUGCCCACAAAACAUUCUGUGAAUUAUUAUGACUAUGGACCAAUUCAGUUUUUUUUCUUUCUUUUUUUUGAUAAUAUCGUAAAAUCACACCUUCUUGUAACUUUCAUACUAGUUCAGUAACUGUGCGGAGGAUUUGAAUUGUGAGUGUGCCAAGUCAUGGAAUGCCAUAUUGAGUGAGUUAACUACGUUGUCAACAAACUGAUCUCAAAAUUGCAAUAGUCUCAUGAUUUUGUUCACUUGCUGUUUGGGUGAACUGAAUAGGUUAUUGUUCUUCAUCCUAGCAUGCAUGUCUGUAUUCCUGAAUGAGAUCAGUCAGCCUUACUAGGAAAGUUCUCUAUUUGAUUGACUGAGUCUUGAAAUCAUGUCUUGGUUUAGCCAAGGUUUCAUCAUUUUUGGCUUAAGUAUAUCUGUGAUGAACCUAAUUUUUUUCAGAUUGUCUGAAGUCUGUUGACUAGAAAUUGCAGAUAUAUUUUAGAAACUUUGAAGCAGUUAAAAAAUAUAUAUGUUCGGUAUCCCGUUUUUGUAUCAAGUAAAUAGAAAUCUCUUCCCUGAUGCAAUUGCCGUUUGUUGUUGCUUGUAGGUUUUUUAGACGUAAGCCUUACUUGUCUGUUGGAGUGUAUGGCCUCUCCUGCUGAAGGUUCCUUGAUGGGAGUUUUAAUUCAGGUUAUUGCCCGUUGUGGCGAAGGACUUAUAUCCAAUCUGGUGUAUGCGCUGCUAGGUGUAUCAGCAAUGUCAAGGGUAAUUACAUUUCGAAUGACCUUUCAGAGUAACAGGCAACGUCAUCAUCAAUAAAUUUGAUGGGAACCAUUCUUUUUUACAGUUUGUGCUUUCUUUGAGUACAGUUUAUGUUGAUGCUUUAUAAUAACUUGUGCUUUAAAAACGGCAAAGAGCAUGAGUCGGAUUACCUUUAGUGUCAUCUGUCCUCGUACAAUAAAUGCUUGGCAAAACAUAAUUCAGCAGGAAUCAUAAAAUUAGGCUACCUUUCAACAUGACAUGCCAGGUAAAAAAAUGGUGUGAAGGUAAAAUACCACGAUUUCUAGAACUCCUAUGCCAAUUUCAAUGACAGAAUGCAUACACAUGACCAAUUCCACCUCUAAACAAUGUCGAAUAAGGAACAACUUUGUCAAACUUUUGCAGGCUUAAAUACUAUGCUUGAGAACAAGUUCAACCUAAGCUUCUCAGAGACUGAGUUCAACUGAUAUUGAAUCUUAAACCAUACAUUAGGUUUUAUCUGUGACUCUGGAACCAUCCCGUGCACCCUUCUGAUUGAUUCAAAAAGCCAUAUGGGCGAACAAACCUGAAGCACAAGCCAUCCGAACUUUCUUGAAAGCAUUCCUCUCUGAAGGUUGCUUGGUGAAACCCAUGACAAUGCCUGGAUAGUACUCGGGCGUCAUCUUUUUACUACUGACAUCUAUUUUACUCAUUGAAAUUCCCAAUUUGAUGCAAGAGAAUCUUCACACCCUUAAGUCCCCUGCUAUUUACUCUAUGCUCGUAACAAGCCUCCGUGGCAGUUUUUCUUCUGGCAUCAGGAUAAUAGCUCCGGGGUCAAUAGGGCCGUUGUGUGGUCAGUUCUCAGAUUCAUGGGAACCCCAUAGCUUGUCAGAACAGAUAUACCCUGUUGUCAACAUAUGGGUCUCUAAAUCUGCCGAUGUUCUAUUUCAGUGUUCAAAUUUUCCACUGAUUUAUGGGAAACCAGGAGAACAGCCCCUCUCCUGGAGUCGUCCAUUAAAUGAGCUACCCCCGAAUAUUAGUAUGGUAUAUCUUCAUAUUUUCUCCAUAUUCACCAUUAUUUCUUUACCUUCUUGCCUUUUUAUUUCUAGGGUCUCCAGCUUACGCUGUAAUGAACUCCACCAGCUGUUGGGGUCCUUCAUCCUUAUUCAUUAUGUGAGGAAAACAAGAUAUAUGUGUAAAUAGUGGCUCAUCCGUCCUCAUGUUACCCAAUUACAUCUUAUUUGUCUCCUUCUCUGGAACCCUCAUUGUUGUUGAUACUUAUAAAAAUCUUGUUCCUUUUGUGAGGGGCUCCAUUUUUUCCAGGAUCUUUGGUGCCUUUUCAGUUGUUUUAAGUGAUAUAUGUGCAAACUGUGAGAAGCCCAAAACCUGACGUGAGAGUCACUGGCACUUGGGAAUGGCCCGAAAGAAAACUCACAAGCCUCCCUCCUACUUUCGCACUCUGGUCCACGACAAAUUCCAGCAUCUGCAAUCCAAAUCGUACGUAAAAUAUGCUCACAGCUAAAGGCUCAGGCUGCUUUCUGUGAAAAGACCGGUCGCAGCACUGUAGCUCUGCAUAGCAGUCAAUCACUCCAGAAUGAUGGACAUACCUUAGGGCAUUAUCAUAUUCAAUUAGCAUCCUCCAAGACUGUUUUGUUGGUAGGAAAAUUACCUUUAUAGUUUCACAAUUUAGGCUUCCGUAAUGGACCUAUCUCAGGUGACUUUCUAGGUUAUGAUCAGAUUUUUCUUAGAGAGAUGUAUGAAAAUUUUUGAUUUAUGUAUUUUUGCCCUCUGAGCUAUCUCCUCUGUUUAUCUAGCUUUAUUCUUGGAGGUAAAUAUGAUCAGGCUUCAUUGUUUUAUUAGUUGAAACUGAUAUCACUAUAAUCAUGCUUUCAGUUAUUUACGUUCAUUUUCAACGUUCAGCUUAUUUUGCAUAUUUUUGUGCUCUAUAGGAGUAGCGCAAACUAAUGGUAACUUGCUUGUAAAUAGGUUCACAAGUCGGCAACAAUCUUGCAGCAGUUAGCGGCAGUUUGCAGUCUUUGUGAGCGGACAACGUGCAAAGCACUCCUAUGUUGGGAAUCUCUACAUGCAUGGCUAGUUUCAAUGGUUUUCCCCCAUUUCCUUUCUGCUCAUGUUUUAGUAGUUUCAAUAGUUUCAAUGUUUGUGGCCUUUUCCUCUCUGAUAGUCGCUCUUCUGUGUGGAUAUCUUGAUCAUUUCUUUCAUUUAACCAGUGAAUACAAUGGACAUUCGUUGGGUUUUUUGUUUAAUCUAGUCUCUUUGAAGGUACCCUUGGCACGCUAGAUCAUGGCAACAUUAUAGAAAAUAUCUUUUAACUGGGGGUCGGAUAAAUUAAUUUUUCCCUUAAUGGUAGAACCGUCAUCAUUUAGGAUGGAUGGAGUUCGGUUUGAUAGGAGUAGACAAACAUAAAACAAGUAGGAUACAUAUCUGCAUGGAGAAGAACGAUCUUCUCUUGACCCAUGUAUCCUGCAGAUUAAAGGUGUGGGAAUUGAUCUCAUCACGUUAGAAAGCCGAGCCACCACAUGAAAAGUAAAAGGGAUUAGGUAUAGAUGGAUGGACAUUUUCUUUGGAUGGUUUCAUGAUUUUGCGUGCAUAGAUAAAAAAUAGAUGCUUCUUGACUUAAUCUGAUGGAGAACCAUGGAGGUCAUGAGAACCUUCAGUCACUGGAGUGCCUUGAGGCCUGGGUACUGACGAUUUCUUAAUGCCUGCCCCUGCUGAAAGAUUGGCAUUGUGACCAUUCUGAAUUCCCUCCGAACUGUUAUUAAUGCUUUUUGAGGCUAUCUCCUCCAUUGAUGAUCCCACCUGAUAACUAGACCAAAAUAGCAUCUUCAUCUUUACUUGAGUGGAUCAUCUUAGCUUUUAGGACGCAUCGAUUUAUGUUUUUGAAUGCAUUAUAUCGCGGCUGUUUGACAUUUACUUUGAUCUUCAGUGAUAAAUAACUAUACCAUUUAUCAGGUGCAGACGCUGCCUGCCGAGUAUUUGAAGAAGGGGGAAGCGGAAACACUCGUACCCCUGUGGCUGAAAGCCCUCGCUAGUGCAGCCUCAGAUUACCUUACAAACAAAACUUCCAUCUCUGAGGAACAUGACAACGGUCACAUGCAAGGGAAAGGUGGUCGGACCUUGAAGCGGAUCAUCCGCGACUUUGCGGAAACUCAUCGGAGCAUAUCAAAUCCUUCAUGA